AGAAGAAGAAGAAUCCAUGUUGAUAAAUACUUUUUCCUCUGACGGAAGACGUUGUCAAAGAUUACCAGAGCAUUAUGACUGUCGAAGUCGGGGGGUUAAUUUUCAGAGGGUCACCUUCCUAGCUAGCUACUACUGCGAGCUUGCUGGACGGCUAGCCAGCCAGUGAAAUGGAAGUUUUGGGGGCAGGCAGAAAGUUUAAGCUAUAGUUAGCAUGCUAGUUAAGUAGCUUAGCAGGUGUUUUUCUUGUCAUGUCAGUGGGUAUUGUUCGUCUGUAGAUACCGCUCGUAUAAAUAUACGGAUAGUACAUCUAGCUAGUUGUCACUGUACCAGCUAUGUAGGAGAGAGCAGGUUCAUCUCAAUCACAGCUUGCUACGUGCCUGGUUGUUAGCCGAAGUGCUAAAGUUAGCUAGCAGUAACACUGCGUAUGCAAUUGAUUGUCUAUCGACAUUUCUGUUUCGCUUGAAAGAGGUUGGUUCAUGGUUGCUUUAGCUGGCUAAGUUAGUGUUUAUUGCAUUUUGUUAUACAUGCAACGUUAAUGUAAAAUAGGUAACUAUCAUUGAAUAGGCAGCGAGAAGCACCUUAAGUUGUUAUAAAAAAGUUGCUAACUAUAUAAAGAGGUAAUCGAGGGACUGUAACGUUAACAGGUGUUUCAGUUGGAGAACUCCGCUAUAUUUGGCCUCAUUCUGAAUGUGCAUUCUGCACUAAAACAGCUUAGCUAACCAGGUAUCAAAAUGUUGGUCAUGUAUGAAAAGAUUCCAGAGCAGCUCAAGAAAACCUCCCAUGUCAGGAAAGCCGUUAUCCUUCUCGUCGCUGCCUACGGAGUCAAGAAACUCUACCCCUAUUUGUGGGCUAAACUCAGGAAGAAAGUUGGGUCCGGUACACCGCUCACAGUCCCCUUAAACUCUAACUGGGUGCUACCGGAAGGGUCCGAGAGAGAAAAACAAGGGAAGAAGAAGAGUAGUAAGUCUCCGGCUGUGAACCAGGAGUUUCUGAAGAGGCUAAGCCACCUGCUUCGUAUCCUGUUCCCCCAGCUGUUCUGUAAGGAGUUGGGUCUGCUGGGGUUCCACUCCCUGGCUCUCAUCUCCAGAACCUUCCUGUCCAUCUACGUGGCCAGCCUGGACGGCAUGAUAGGUAGGUAGGAAAGACUUUGAAUGUUGCCGUUUCGAAUCACCAGGCCGGGGUAGAUGAACUGACAACCGGCAGGUGGCUGCUUUCAGAUUCCAGGUACCGUACUCCUGCUGUUGUGCUCUUGAGCAAGGCACGUAACCUGUGUGUUUGUCUGGGGCUGUUGGGAGCAGAGCAAAAGUAGAAUAUCCAUUUUUUGCAGAUUGGGGUGACUAAUACAUUUUCUGUUCUCCUACAGUGAAGACCAUUGUGAAGAAGGACCCCCAGGCAUUUGUGUGGGAGCUGACAAAAUGGCUGUUGAUUGCAGUUCCGGCCACCUUUGUGAACAGCAUGAUCCGUUACCUAGAGGGACAGCUGGCGUUGGCCUUCCGCACCCGCUUGGUAACCCACGCCUACAAGCUCUACUUCAGCGACCAGACAUACUACCGUGUCAGCAACAUGGACGGACGCCUCGCCAACCCAGACCAGGUGUGUGCAGGGGCUGGCUCUAGCCUUUUUGGGGGGGUCCUAAGUAAGAUUGGGUUGUUCUGAAUGUGUUGUGACGUCAUGUUGUACCAUUUUUCACAGCGUGAAAAUGUUCCCAGGCACUAAUUGCAUUCGCGUCUGUGUGGAUGGCAGAGCUCAUGCACAUUGUUUCUCUCACACCCCCUCGCCCUUAAUUUAGCUAGCUAACUAGCAUAAAUGGCUGUAAACUGGUCGAUAUGGCUUGUUCUCAGAGGUGUGCAGUUUUAACUUGUUUGUAUAGCUAGCUAGCUAGCUAGCUAACUAACAAACAAAUAUAUGCACUGUCAAUCGAAAACGUAGCACCCAAGUCUUUGCAAUCGCAACAAAAAAUAUCUCUCCUCACAUCAACCCUCAGCACUUUGACGCGCGAGUCUGGGUAUUUAUAUGCUGACCCUCACGCCUCAACAAACCUCUGAUUCAAGUCUUUCCAAAAUGUCGACAAAACAAAACACGCUAGACAAGGUGGGAUCUUUUUUUGUGUCGGUAAAAUGAUUUAUGUGAGGAAUGUCGGUGGAAAUAUUUAUAUAAUAACCAUCAUAUCGAAGUCAACUUGACCUCCCGCUACUACUCGGGAAAGCAUGCAGUUUUAUUAGACUACAGAUGAAAUAAAUUAUUAACUUUCACAGGGUGGUGAAAGUGAAAAGCUUGACGCUCCUUUCCAAUAAAAAUCGAGGGUCUUAUUCUGGUGACCAUUGAUGCUUGGCUGCCAUUUGACCAUAAAAAAAAUAAAAAAAUGUCCAUAAUCUCAUGUAGGUAAUCACUGCACUGUAUCUGCAAGCUGUUGGCUAGAGCGCAGGUGCCAAUACCACACUUGCUAAAUAACGCAACAACCGUCAAGUGGAGUGGAAAAUAAUGGAAACCCAUUUAACUGGUAUUUUUGAUAUGUGCGAAUCAAAGUCAAUUUGAUGGAAACCGCUCUGGUGGGAAAAUGCGCAUAUUGUUUUUAUACAGAUUUUAGAAUAUUCACAUGAAAAUCUGACGCCAAUUGGAUGGAAACCUAGCUAGCGACUGACAUAGCAAGAAAAAAUGUUGACGCACAACCAAACAGCAAAAUCACUAGCCUAUUGUCAAUCUACUAUAGUAAAAACGUCUAUUCUUUUGGUCAGUUUGUCGAGAAAGAAAUCGCCUGUUCCAAACAGACUCUGGGACAGUUGUGGGAGGAGAGAUCCCAAAUUCAUACAACCAGUAUGCCUCGGCUACAUAACAAAUAAAACGUAUUCAAAAGAUAAGAACGUUUAACUUAAAAAGUUGAUAAACGAGUAUUUAUUCACAUUAUAAGCGCAAAAGGCAGUAGGUUACUCGUAAAUGUAUGUUCCAUAAUGCAAUUACCAGGAAAACACCGUUGUCAAAGGGCACUGCACGUGAGAAUGGUUUAAUGUGACAGAUUAAAAUAUCCAUUCGAAAUUUAGAAAGAGGCGAUCAGAUACGCUACUUCGAAGCAAGGUAAGACAUGCUUCAUAUGUAUUAAAACGUUCAGGUUUCAAACAAGUGUGUUUUCAAAAAUGCAUACUGCCUCCAGCUCAUUACAAAGUGGUGCAAUGCUGAUUUAAGGCCGCCUUCCGUUGUCGUUUGAUGCCACGUUCAAAACAACUCGGAACUCUCGGACUUCAGUGCGUUCAAGACAUCCUGGGUGGAAAAAACCUCUGACUGGGAUUUGUUUUGUUUUUAAACGGUCAUCCAACUCGGAAUUCCAACUCAGGCUUAGACUUUGUGACCUGAAGAUCACUGACGUCAUGAUUUGACCCGGUAUUUUUCAGAAUUCAAGACAACUGGGACCUGCUGGGGGAAAAAAAGGAGCUCCAACUGGGAAAAGAGCUCCGUCUUUCUGAACUGAAGAUCACUUGUAUUUCUUCAGAGUUCCCAGUUGUCUUGAAAGCACCACAAGAUGAUGCAACAGCAGCUCUUGUGCUCUCUGACAGAUUAUCCACUCAAACGCUCUGAAUCUGUAUGCUGCAGGCCUGUGAUAAAUAAAAUGCAUAAGGAAUAUACUGUACACAAGCGCCAAUUUGAAUUCCACUAAAUUAUGUAAAUUAACCUAUAGACUGAUAAGCAUGACCAGUUUUUGAUGUAUUUCCAUCCACUGGUAUUUAACUCAAUGAAGAGGAUAAAAGGCAAUGGGACAUUUUCUUCUUCUCCUGGACAAUUGGCCGGCACCAAUUUUUUUAUUUAUCUGCUUUUCUAAAUAAAAUAAAAACUGCUAUUACCGGCAAAACGAAAGCUCUGGGCACGUGUCCAGUCGGUAUUCGGCCGUGAUUACUACAAGUUUAGAUUAGAUUUAAAAUUGUAUGUUAAACAUCACAGCAUAGUUUUAAAGAUUAUAUGGUGUUAGAUAGCUGGCUAGACUAUCUGAGAAUUGGUAGCUGACAUGGCUAAUGGAGUGACUGACAUAACAGAAAAAGAAUUGCUGAAGCACAACCAGAUAUCGAACUUGCACCUUGUGUAUUCUACUAUUCAACAGUAAGUCGACACCCCGACUGAGUUCCUAAGCGACCGCAUGUGGCUGUAGCCGGCCCUGCGUGUUUCUGCGCGUCUCGGUCCGUCCCUCUAUCUCAAGGGGUUGAGUUCUAAACAAAAAUACAAAAUGUUCUGUUCUCUGCAAGAUAAUGAACAAUGUCAUAUUCUUCUCUCCCAGUGUCUGACGGAGGACUUGGUGAUGUUUGCUGGCUCUGUGGCCCACCUGUACUCCAACCUGACACCAAGCUGUUUGUUUUUCUCCCCCAGUCUCUGACGGAGGACAUCGUGAUGUUUGCUGGCUCUGUGGCCCACCUGUACUCCAACCUGACCAAGCCUUGUCUGGACGUGGUGGUCACCUGUUAUACCCUCCUCAGGACCGCAGAGUCUAAAGGAGCCAACACCACCUGGCCCUCCGUCAUCGCCGGCGUGGUUGUGGCAAUCACCGCCAAGGUUUAUUUAUUUAACUUUAUUCAGCCUUGAUACCUUUAAAAAAAUUUUUUUGGGGAUUUUUCAUCAUUUGUUGAUUUAAAAAAAAACAACAAAAAAAAACAUAGCAGUUCAGUAGUACUGUGAAUACCAACCUUGUGUUAUGUUGUCUGUUUGGAGCACUUUGGUUGGGUUUUUGAAAAGUGUGUUGCGAAGAAAAUGUAUUUUAUUAUCACUAAGGUUCUGAGGAUGUUCUCGCCACGGUUCGGUAAGCUAGUGGCAGAAGAAGCCAGGAGGAAAGGAGACCUGAGGUACAUGCACUCACGCAUUAUCGCCAACUCUGAGGAGAUCGCCUUCUACGGAGGACACAAGGUAACUGUCAGAUAUAUACAUUUUACAUUUACGUCAUUUAGCAGACGCUCUUAUCCAGAGCCACUUACAGUUAGUGAGUCAUUUAGCAGACGCUCUUAUCCAGAGCCACUUACAGUUAGUGAGUCAUUUAGCAGACGCUCUUAUCCAGAGCCACUUACAGUUAGUGAGUCAUUUAGCAGACGCUCUUAUCCAGAGCCACUUACAGUUAGUGAGUCAUUUAGCAGACGCUCUUAUCCAGAGCCACUUACAGUUAGUGAGUCAUUUAGCAGACGCUCUUAUCCAGAGCCACUUACAGUUAGUGAGUCAUUUAGCAGACGCUCUUAUCCAGAGCCACUUACAGUUAGUGAGUCAUUUAGCAGACGCUCUUAUCCAGAGCCACUUACAGUUAGUGAGUCAUUUAGCAGACGCUCUUAUCCAGAGCCACUUACAGUUAGUGAGUCAUUUAGCAGACGCUCUUAUCCAGAGCCACUUACAGUUAGUGAGUCAUUUAGCAGACGCUCUUAUCCAGAGCCACUUACAGUUAGUGAGUCAUUUAGCAGACGCUCUUAUCCAGAGCGACUUACAAAUUGGUGCAUUCACCUUAUGAUAGCCAGUGGGACAACCACUUUACAAUAUAAUCAAAUCAAAUUUUAUUGGCCACAUGCGCCGAAUACAACAGUGAAAUGCUUACUUACAGCCCUUAACCAACAGUGCAUUUAUUUUUAACAAAAAAGUAAAAAUAAAACGACAACAAAAAAAGUGUUGAGAAAAAAAGAGCAGAAGUAAAAUAAAAUAACAGUAGGGAGGCUAUAUAUACAGGGGGGUACCGGUGCAGAGUCAAUGUGCGGGGGCACCGGCUAGUUGAGGUAGUUGAAGUAAUAUGUACAUGUGGGCAGAGUUAAAGUGACUAUGCAUAAAUAAUUAACAGAGUAGCAGCAGCGUAAAAGGAUGGGGUGGGGGGGGGGGGGGGCAGUGCAAAUAGUCCGGGUAGCCAUGAUUAGCUGUUCAGGAGUCUUAUGGCUUGGGGGUAGAAGCUGUUGAGAAGUCUUUUGGACCUAGACUUGGCACUCCGGUACCGCUUGCCGUGCGGUAGCAGGGAGAACAGUCUAUGACUAGGGUGGCUGGAGUCUUUGACAAUUUUGAGGGCUUUCCUCUGACACCGCCUGGUAUAGAGGUCCUGGAUGGCAGGAAGCUUGGCCCCAAUGAUGUACUGGGCCGUACGCACUACCCUCUGUAGUGCCUUGCGGUCGGAGGCCGAGCAGCUGCCAUACCAGGCGGUGAUGCAACCAGUCAGGAUGCUCUCGAUGGUGCAGCUGUAUAAUUUUUUGAGGAUCUGAGGACCCAUGCCAAAUCUUUUCCGUCUCCUGAGGGGUAAUAGGCUUUGUCGUGACCUCUUCACGACUGUCUUGGUGUGUUUGGACCAUGAUAGUUCGUUGGUGAUGUGGACACCAAGGAACUUGAAGCUCUCAACCUGUUCCACUACAGCCCCGUCGAUGAGAAUGGGGGCGUGCUCAGUCCUCUUUUUUUUCCUGUAGUCCACAAUCAUCUCCUUUGUCUUGGUCACGUUGAGGGAGAGGUUGUUGUCCUGGCACCACACGGCCAGGUCUCUGACCUCCUCCCUAUAGGCUGUCUCAUCGUUGUCGGUGAUCAGGCCUACCACUGUUGUGUCGUCGGCAAACUUAAUGAUGGUGUUGGAGUCGUGCCUGGCCAUGCAGUCAUGGGUGAACAGGGAGUACAGGAGGGGACUGAGCACGCACCCCUGAGGGGCCCCCGUGUUGAGGAUCAGUGUGGCAGAUGUGUUGUUACCUACCCUUACCACUUGGGGGCGGCCUGUCAGGAAGUCCAGGAUCCAGUUGCAGAGGGAGGUGUUUAGUCCCAGGAUCCUUAGCUUAGUGAUGAGCUUUGAGGGCACUAUGGUGUUGAAUGCUGAGCUGUAGUCAAUGAAUAGCAUUCUCACGUAGGUGUUCCUCUUGUCCAGGUGGGAAAGGGCAGUGUGGAGUGCAAUAGAGAUUGCAUCAUCUGUGGAUCUGUUGGGGCGGUAUGCAAAUUGGAGUGGGUCUAGGGUUUCUGGGAUAAUGCUGUUGAUGUGAGCCAUGACCAGCCUUUCGAAGCACUUCAUGGCUACAGACGUCAGUGCUACGGGUCAGUAGUCAUUUAGGCAGGUUAUCUUAGAGUCCUUGGGCACGGGGACUAUGGUGGUCUGCUUGAAACAUGUUGGUAUUACAGACUCAGUCAGGGACAUGUUGAAAAUGUCAGUGAAGACACUUGCCAGUUGGUCAGCACAUGCUCGGAGUACACGUCCUGGUAAUCCGUCUGGCCCUGCGGCCUUGUGAAUGUUGACCUGCUUAAAAGUCUUACUCACAUCGGCUACGGAGAGCGUGAUCACAUAGUCAUCCGGAACAGCUGGUGCUCUCAUGCAUGCUUCAGUGUUGCUUGCCUCGAAGCGAGCAUAGAAGUGGUUUAGCUCGUCUGGAAGUCUUGUGUCACUGGGCAGCUCGCGGCUGUGCUUCCCUUUGUAGUCUGUAAUAGUUUUCAAGCCCUGCCACAUCCGACGAGCAUCAGAGCCAGUGUAGUACGAUUCAAUCUUAGUCCUGUAUUGACUCUUUGCCUGUUUGAUGGUUCGUCGGAGGGCAUAGCGGGAUUUCUUAUAAGCGUCCGGGUUAGAGUCCCGCUCCUUGAAAGCGGCAGCUCUACCCUUUAGCUCAGUGCGGAUGUUUCCUGUAAUCCAUGGCUUCUGGUUGGGGUAUGUACGUACGGUCACUGUGGGGACGACAUCAUCGAUGCACUUAUUGAUGAAGCCAGUGACUGAUGUGGUGUACUCCUCAAUGCUGUCUGAAGAAUCCCGGAACAUGUUCCAGUCUGUGCUAGCAAAACAGUCCUGUAGCUUAGCAUCUGCGUCAUCUGACUUUUUUAUUAAUCGAGUCACUGGUGCUUCCUGCUUUAGUUUUUGCUUAUAAGCAGGAAUCAGGAGGAUAGAGUUAUGGUCAGAUUUGCCAAAUGGAGGGCGAGGGAGAGCUUUGUAUGCGUCUCUGUGUGUGGAGUAAAGGUGGUCUAGAGUUUUUUUUUUUCCUCUGGUUGCACAUUUAACAUGCUGGUAGAAAUUAGGUAGAACGGAUUUAAGUUUCCCUGCAUUAAAGUCCCCGGCCACUAGGAGCGCUGCCUCUGGAUGAGCGUUUUCCUGUUGAUUUAUGGCCUUAUACAGCUCAUUCAGUGCAAUCUUAAUGCCAGCAUUGGUUUGUGGUGGUAAAUAGACAGCUAUGAAAAUAUAGAUGAAAACUCUCUUGGUAAAUAGUGUGGUCUACAGCUGUGGUCUACAGCUUAUCAUAAGAUACUCUACCUCACGCGAGCAAAACCUUGAGACUUCCUUAGUAUUAUCUAUUAUUGUUAUAUUUUUUUUGGGGGGGGUAGGGGGAGGGUAGAAGGAUUACUUUGAUCCUAUCCCAGGUAUUCCUUAAAGAGGUGGGGUUUCAAAUGUCUCCGGAAGGUGGUGAGUGACUCCGCUGUCCUGGCGUCGUGAGGGAGCUUGUUCCACCAUUGGGGUGCCAGAGCAGCGAACAGUUUUGACUGGGCUGAGCGGGAACUGUGCUUCCGCAGAGGUAGGGGGGCCAGCAGGCCAGAGGUGGAUGAACGCAAUGCCCUCGUUUGGGUGUAGGGACUGAUCAGAGCCUGAAGUUACGGAGGUGCCGUUCCCCUCACAGCUCCGUAGGCAAGCACCAUGGUCUUGUAGCAGAUGCGGCCUUCAACUGGAAGCCAGUGGAGUGUGCGGAGGAGCGGGGUGACGUGAGAGAACUUUGGAAGGUUAAACACCAGACGGGCUGUGUGAGCCGCGCCGGAGAUGCCCAACUCGGAGAGGGUGGAGAGGAUGAUCUGAUGGUUCACAGUAUCAAAGGCAGCAGAUAGGUUUAGAAGGAUAAGAGCAGAGGAGAGAGAGUUAGCUUUAGCAGUGCGGAGAGCCUCCGUGACACAGAGAAGAGCAGUCUCAGUUGAAUGACUAGUCUUCAAACCUGACUGGUUUGGAUCAAGGUCAUUCUGAGAGAGAUAGCAAGAGAGUUGGCUAAAGACGGCACGCUCAAGAGUUUUGGAGAGAAAAGAAAGAAGGGAUACUGGUCUGUAGUUGUUGACAUCGGAGGGAUCAAGUGUAGGUUUUUUGAAAAGGGGUGCAACUCUCGCUCUCUUGAAGAUGGAAGGGACAUAGUGGUCAAGGAUUUGUUGAUGAGCGAGGUGAGGUAAGGGAGAAGGUCUCCGGAAAUGGUCUGGAGAAGAGAGUAGGGGAUAGGGUCAAGCGGGCAGGUUGUUGGGCGGCCGGCUGUCACAAGUCGCAAGAUUUCAUCUGGAGAGCGAGGGGAGAAAGAAGUCAAAGCAUAGGGUAGGGCAGUGUGAGCAGGACCAGCAGUGUCAUUUGACUUAACAAACGAGGAUCGGAUGUCGUCAACCUUCUUUUCAAAAUGGUUGAUGAAGUCAUCCACAGAGAGGGAGGAUUCAGCAGGGAGGAGGUGGCGGCAAAGAGCUUCCUUGGAUUAGAGGCAGAUGCUUGGAAUUUAGAGUGGUAGAAAGUGGCUUUAGCAGCAGAAACGGAGGAAGAAAAUGUAGAGAGGAGGGAGUGAAAAGAUGCCAGGUCCGCAGGGAGUCUAGUUUUCCUCCAUUUCCGCUCGGCUGCCCGGAGGCCUGUUCUGUGAGCUCGCAAUGAGUCGUCAAGCCACGGAGCAGGAGUGGAGGACCGAGCCGGCCGGGAGGAUAGGGGACAUAGACUUGGAGGGGAGUUGCAGUGAGAUUAGUAGAAGAACAGCAUCUAGUAAAGAUGAGGUCAAGCGUAUUGCCUGCCUUGUGAGUAGGUGGAGACGGUGAGCGGGUGAGGUCAAAAGAGGAGAGGAGAGGAAAGAAGGAGGCAGAGAGAAAUGAGUCAAAGGUAGAUGUAGGGAGGUUAAAGUCACCCAGAACUGUGAGGGGUGAGCCAUCCUCAGGAAAGGAACUUAUCAAGGUGUCAAGCUCAUUGAUGAACUCUCCAAGGGAACGUGGAGGGCGAUAAAUGAUAAGGAUGUUAAGCUUGAAUGGGCUAGUGACUGUGACAGCGUGGAAUAUACACGUAGUAAAUAUGCUGCCUUCUACGGAGGACACAAGGUAAACAUGACCGUUGACCAGUCUCACUGUCAGAAUGACCCUGCUCAAAGUUCAGAGAUAUUAUGGCGGUUCAAAUAAAUGAUAAGACUGAUGUCUCUGCCUCUCAUAGUGGCUCUGGGAUUCUGCAGGCAUAGUGUACCGCUUGAAGAAAUAAUGAAAGGACUCUUUGUCUGUCAGGCAUUCCAGACAUUGCAUUGAGUAAAAACACUGUUUCAUGAUAUGAUUUUGUAAUGUUCUCGCCUGUGUGGCAAAGAGAACCCUCGUUACAGCAGCAGUCAGGUGGUCAGACCAGAAGUCAGCCGCAGGUGGUCAGACCAGAAGUCAGCCACAGGCAGUCAGGUGGUAAGACCCAGAAGUCAGCCGCAGUCAGGUGGUCAGACCAGAAGUCAGCCGCAGUCAGGUGGUCAGACCAGAAGUCAGCCGCAGUCAGCCGGUCAGACCAGAAGUCAGCCGCAGUCAGCCGGUCAGACCAGAAGUCAGCCGCAGUCAGGUGGUCAGACCAGAAGUCAGCCGCAGUCAGGUGGUCAGACCAGAAGUCAGCCGCAGUCAGCCGGUCAGACCAGAAGUCAGGUGGUCAGACCAGAAGUCAGGUGGUCAGACCAGAAGUCAGGUGGUCAGACCAGAAGUCAGGUGGUCAGACCAGAAGUCAGGUGGUCAGACCAGAAGACAGCCGGUCAGACCAGAAGUCAGCCGCAGUCAGGUGGUCAGACCAGAAGUCAGGUGGUCAAACCCGAGGUCAGUCCGGCGGUCAGACCAGAAGUCAACCAGCAGCCACAGUCAGGCGGUCAGACCAGAAGUCAGCUAGCAGCCACAGUCAGGCGGUCAGACCAGAAGUCAGCUAGCAGACACUCUUGUCAUGUGACCCAGUAGAAACAAAGUUCAUGGAAAACUACUAGAGUGAACCUAAUCUCCUGUGUGUGCUGUGUGCUUGCCUGUCUGUGUCCAGAGACUAAGCCUUCGUCCCAAAUGACACCCUAUUCCCUACAUAGUGCACUACUUUAGACCAGAGCCCUAUGGGCCCUCAAAAGUAGUGCACUAAAUAGGAGCCAUUUGGGACGCACACUAAGGGUUUGUGGUGUCAGCCUGCGACCUGAACCUGGGGAUCAAACCAGUGAAAUGCUGCUGUUUUUAAACCCCUGUGUUUCAACACUCUUUAGUGCAGAGCUAUGUUGGUUUGCAAUCCUGACUCUUACCCAAGCCAUGCAUCGACCCCAUUAAUUGGUCCUGUGUGACACAUUACAUUGUAGUAAUUUAACUUAUCCAGAGCGACUUACAGGAGCAAUUAGGGGUAAGUGCCUUGCUCAAGGGCACAUCCACAGAUUUGUUAACCUUGUCGGCUCGGGGAUUCGAACCAGCGACCUUUUGGUUUGUUGCGCAAUGCUCUUACCGCUAGCUACCUGUUGGUGAGAGAGUGGCGCUUGCAAAGCUAAGGUUGUGGGUUCAAUUCCCUCAGGGAUCCGAUACCCAUACUAAAAAAGAUGAUGCACUCACUGAGCUGUACGUGGCUUUGGAUGGAAGUGUCUGCUAAAUUACAAUAUGUUAUUAUCUAGGCCUUAUUAUUUAUAUAAUAUUAUAUAUGUUGAUGUGAUGUUGUCCUCCCGCCACUAGGUGGAAAUGUCCCAGCUGCAGCGCUCCUACCGCUCCCUGUCGUCCCAGAUCAACCUGAUCCUGUUUAAGCGUCUAUGGUACGUGAUGCUAGAGCAGUUCCUGAUGAAAUACCUGUGGAGCGCCUCGGGACUCGUCAUGGUGGCUGUACCUAUCAUCACCGCCACAGGGUUCUCCAAAUACGGUAAGACCCGCCACGGGGUUCUCCAAAUACGGUAAGACCCGCCACAGGGUUCUCCAAAUACGGUAAGACCCGCCACAGGGUUCUCCAAAUAUGGUAAGACCCGCCACAGGGUUCUCCAAAUAUGGUAAGACCCGCCACAGGGUUCUCCAAAUAUGGUAAGACCCGCCACAGGGUUCUCCAAAUAUGGUAAGACCCGCCACAGGGUUCUCCAAAUAUGGUAAGACCCGCCACAGGGUUCUCCAAAUAUGGUAAGACCCGCCACAGGGUUCUCCAAAUAUGGUAAGACCCGCCACAGGGUUCUCCAAAUAUGGUAAGACCCGCCACAGGGUUCUCCAAAUACGGUAAGACCCGCCACAGGGUUCUCCAAAUACGGUAAGACCCGCCACAGGGUUCUCCAAAUAUGGUAAGACCCGCCACAGGGUUCUCCAAAUAUGGUAAGACCCGCCACAGGGUUCUCCAAAUAUGGUAAGACCCGCCACAGGGGUUCUCCAAAUAUGGUAAGACCCGCCACAGGGUUCUCCAAAUACGGUAAGACCCGCCACAGGGUUCUCCAAAUACGAUAAGACCCGCCACAGGGUUUUCCAAAUACGGUAAGACCCGCCACAGGGUUUUCCAAAUACGGUAAGACCCGCCACAGGGUUUUCCAAAUACGGUAAGACCCGCCACAGGGUUUUCCAAAUACGGUAAGACCCGCCACAGGGUUCUCCAAAUACGGUAAGACCCGCCACAGGGUUCUCCAAAUAUGGUAAGACCCGCCACAGGGUUCUCCAAAUAUGGUAAUGAGGCUGUUCCACUAGUGGUUUUAUAACAUUGUAUUUGAGUGAUCCUAUGUUCUGACUCCCUGACCAUCCACUCCUACAAAAAUCGUCCGGCGGCUGGAUCUAGUUGCCUGCCCGUGCCCUAUGGGUCUGUGGUCCAGUGGAGGACUUGGGAGGAUGGGCUCAUUGUAAUGGCUUGAAUGGAAUUAAGGGAACUGUAUAAAACGCAUGGUUUCCAAUUUGUUUGACACCUUGCCGUCACAAUCAACUGGUCCUCCGGUUUCUCGGCCUGCCAGCCUCCACUCCUACGUUCAGGGUUCGCAGACCACUAGUCACCUCAGUCUUCUCCUUCAUUUCAUUACACUGGUGUCAGAAGUGGGAUCCUCAGUAUGUACUUCCUGUCUGAUGGGUAGAGGCUGGGGGGCGUUGAGGUGGGUGGUUAGAGGCUGGGGGGCGUGAGGUGGUAGAGGCUUGGGGGCGUGAGGUGGGUAGAGGCUGGGGGGCGGGAGGUGGGUAGAGGCUGUAGAGCUUGGGGGCGUUGAGGCGGGUGGGUAUAGAGGCUGGGGCGUGCGUGAGGAGGUGGUAGAGGAUGGGGCGUGAGGGAGGGGUAGAGGCUGGGGGCGUGAGGAAGAGUGGGUAGGUAGAGGGCUGGGGGAGGGGCGUGAGGAGGUGGUGGGUAGAGGCUGGGGCGUGAGAGGUGGGUAGAGGCUGGGGGCGUUGAGGGGUAGAGGCUGGGGGCGUGAGGCGGGUAGAGGCUGGGGGCGUGAGGCGGGUAGAGGCUGGGGGGUGAGGCGGGUGUAGAGGCUGGGGGCGUGAGGUGGGUAGAGGCUGGGGGCGGGGUGGUAGAGGCUGGGGGCGUGAGGGGGUAGAGGCUGGGGGUGGUGAGGGGGGUAGAGGCUGGGGGCGUGAGGUGGGUAGAGGCUGGGGGGCGGGUGAGAGGCUGGGGGCGUGAGGCGGGUAGAGGCUGGGGGUGGUGAGGCGGGUGGUAGAGGCUGGGGGCGUGAGGCGGGUAGAGGCUGGGGCGUGAGGCGGGUAGAGGCUGGGGGCGUGAGGCUGAGGCGGGUAGAGGCUGGGGCGGGUGGUAGAGGCUGGGGGCGUGAGGUGGGUAGAGGCUGGGGGCGUGAGGAGGUGGGUAGAGGCUGGGGGCGUGAGGAGGUGGGUAGAGGCUGGGGGCGUGAGGAGGGGUGGGGUAGAGGCUGGGGGCGUGAGGUGGGUAGAGGCUGGGGGGCGUGAGGUGGGUAGAGGCUGGGGGGCGUGAGGUGGGUAGAGGCUGGGGGGCGUGAGGUGGGUAGAGGCUGGGGGCGUGAGGCGGGUAGAGGCUGGGGGCGUGGGUUGUGUGUGGGUUAGGAAUGGGUUGUGUGUGGGUUAGGAAUGGGGUGGUGUGUGUAUGGGUUAGGAAUGGGUUUGUGUGGGUUAGGAAUGGGUGUGUGUGUGGGUUAGGAAUGGGUUGUGUGUGGGUUAGGAAUGGGUUAGGUGUGGGUUAGGAAUGGGUUGUGUGUGGGUUAGGAAUGGGUUGUGUGUGUGUUAGGAAUGGGUUGUGUGUGUGUGUGUGUGGGGGUUAGGAAUGGGUUGUGUGUGUGUGGGGGUUAGGAAUGGGUUGUGUGUGGGUAAGGAAUGGGUUGUGUGUGGGUUAGGAAUGGGUUGUGUGUGUGUGGGUUAGGACUGGGUUGUGUGGGUUCGGAACUGGGGGGUUGUGUGUGGUGUGUGGGGUUAGGAAUGGGUUGUGUGGGUUAGGAAUGGGUUGUGUGUGUGUGUGGGUUAGGAAUGGGUUGUGUGUGUGUGUGGGUUAGGAAUGGGUUGUGUGUGUGUGGGUUAGGAAUGGGUUGUGUGUGUGUGGGUUAGGAAUGGGUUGUGUGUGUGUGUGUGUGGGUUAGGAAUGGGUUGUGUGUGUGUGGGUUAGGAAUGGGUUGUGUGUGUGUGUGUGGGUUAGGAAUGGGUUGUGUGUGUGUGUGUGGGUUAGGAAUGGGUUGUGUGUGGGUUAGGAAUGGGUUGUGUCCGUGACCUGGUGAAAGUACAAUCAGAAAGGUAGGUUUAGGCUAUUUGCUCCAUGGUGCAGGCAGUAAACAUGUCGCCUGUUGACUGAACUCACACACCUAUGAGACGCACAAGCUAUAUAUGGGAGUGUCUGUGCGCGCUCCUUAACGUGCCCUGAUUGGGGAAUCGUCGCGCUAACGUGGCUACUUCCAGAUGCUGAGUGGGACUCGUCGAGCUAACGUGGCUACUUCCAGAUGCUGAGUGGGACUCGUCGAGCUAACGUGGCUACUUCCAGAUGCUAAAAGGGACUCGUCUAGCUAACGUGGCUACUUCCAGAUGCUGAGUGGGACUCGUCGCGCUAACGUGGCUACUUCCAGAUGCUGAGUGGGACUCGUCGAGCUAACGUGGCUACUUCCAGAUGCUGAGUGGGACUCGUCGAGCUAACGUGGCUACUUCCAGAUGCUGAGUGGGACUCGUCGAGCAAACCGUGGCUACUUCCAGAUGCUGAGUGGGACUCGUCGCGCUAACGUGGCUACUUCCAGAUGCUGAGUGGGACUCGUCGAGCUAACGUGGCUACUUCCAGAUGCUGAGUGGGACUCGUCGAGCUAACGUGGCUACUUCCAGAUGCUGAGUGGGACUCGUCGCGCUAACGUGGCUACUUCCAGAUGCUGAGUGGGACUCGUCGAGCUAACGUGGCUACUUCCAGAUGCUGAGUGGGACUCGUCGAGCUAACGUGGCUACUUCCAGAUGCUGAGUGGGACCCGUCGAGCUAACGUGGCUACUUCCAGAUGCUGAGUGGGACUCGUCGCGCUAACGUGGCUACUUCCAGAUGCUGAGUGGGACUCGUCGAGCUAACGUGGCUACUUCCAGAUGCUGAGUGGGACUCGUCGCGCUAACGUGGCUACUUCCAGAUGCUGAGUGGGACUCGUCGAGCUAACGUGGCUACUUCCAGAUGCUGAGUGGGACUCGUCGAGCUAACGUGGCUACUUCCAGAUGCUGAGUGGGACUCGUCGAGCAAACCGUGGCUACUUCCAGAUGCUGAGUGGGACUCGUCGAGCUAACGUGGCUACUUCCAGAUGCUGAGUGGGAUUCCACUACCAUGAGAAGUCUUUCCUUCGAACGGACCAGCAAAGUCUAUGAAGACGAGACCAUUUCUUUGCCGUCCACGCCGAUGGGUGCAAAGCGGCCUUGGGUGGAGCAGGGACCUCGGAGACCCAUCCAUGUAGCACCCAGCGACGCACCCGGGACAGGACAGGAUCCUUCCAGGUCAGUGCUGCUCUCCUAGAAGCAUGGAGAGGGGCAUCAGCCAAAACCUCCAACAGCAUCACUUCCCAGGGAGGAGGGGCAUCAGCCAAAACCUCCAACAGCAUCACUUCCCAGGGAGGAGGGGCAUCAGCCAAAACCUCCAACAGCAUCACUUCCCAGGGAGGAGGGGCAUCAGCCAAAACCUCCAACAGCAUCACUUCCCAGGGAGGAGGGGCAUCAGCCAAAACCUCCAACAGCAUCACUUCCCAGGGAGGAGGGGCAUCAGCCAAAACCUCCAACAGCAUCACUUCCCAGGGAGGAGGGGCAUCAGCCAAAACCUCCAACAGCAUCACUUCCCAGGGAGGAGGGGCAUCAGCCAAAACCUCCAACAGCAUCACUUCCCAGGGAGGAGGGGCAUCAGCCAAAACCUCCAACAGCAUCACUUCCCAGGGAGGAGGGGCAUCAGCCAAAACCUCCAACAGCAUCACUUCCCAGGGAGGAGGGGCAUCAGCCAAAACCUCCAACAGCAUCACUUCCCAGGGAGGAGGGGCAUCAGCCAAAACCUCCAACAGCAUCACUUCCCAGGGAGGAGGAGGUUCAGACAAAGGGAUAGCGGGUGGCAGGUGACUCGGGGAAUCCACAUUAGCCAGCUGCUUCCCUGGACGAUAGCGGCGCUCAUCACUAUGGGCUCCCAAUAUCUGGAUCCAUCUGACCAUCGAGGGAAAGAAUCUGGGGCAUGGGCUUCAUAUGACGAAGCAGGCCCAGCAAGGGCUUGUGGUCGGUUAUGGACCUGACAAAUUCUGAUGGAACGUCUUGACAGCAAAAGGCUCCAACACUAGCUUUAUCAGGCAGGAAGCGGUUGUAAAUGUUGAGAAGCAAACGAAACCGCCGGCGCUCAGACUUGUUCUGCCUCCUUAAUGGCCUUUACCUUACCCUGGGCCGGUCACACGCCAUCCUCGUCAACAUGGAACCCCCAGGAACUGAACACUGGGUGCAGCGAAAAUGCCCUUCUCGCUCUGGGGUCGCAGCCCUGCUUCCACAAAGUGCCUCAGCCCUUUCCUCCAGCUGAGAGUUAUGCUCUUCAAGGGUCCAGCCUGUAAUCAGUAUGUCAUCCAUCCAGAUACGUCUGGACCCCUGCCCUGUGAUGCCUGCUAGCAAGGUGUCCGUGUAGCGUUGAAAAAUGGCCACUGCUGUGGACACUCCAAACUGGAGCCUUGUUACCCUGAAAAGCCCCCUGUGUGUGUGUGUGUGUGUGUGGAUAGUCAGGGCUUCCCCUGUGUCACCAUCCAAAGGUAGCUGCUGGUAGGCUUGUCUCAUGUCCAGCUAUGUAAAAAGAAUAAAAAUAAAUCUAACAUACUCUAUCUAUGUGUCCCCUCCGUUUUACAGUAGUGAUAGAUUUGCAGCAUUAAACCUACAGCUGUUGGAAUUAUGGGCACCCCCCCACAUCUGCAACAGGCUCUGAUGUCCUCUCUGGACUCUGGGAUCAUCACUAUGUUUAUAUAAUAAUAAUAAUAAUAAGCCAUUUAGCAGACGCUUUUAUCCAAAGCGACUUACAGUCAUGCGCGCAUACAUUUUUCUUGUGUAUGGGUGGUCCCGGGGAUCGAACCCACUACCCAGGCGUUACAAGCGCCGUGCUCUACCAGCUGAGCUACAGAGGACCAGAGGACCAGAGGACCAGGGGACCAGAGGACCAGGGGACCAGAGGACCAGAGGACCAGAGGACCAGAGGACCAUCAGACUGAGGGUGUGAAGCUGUUGACCAUGUCCCAGACGGAGAAGGAGCAGGCUUAUAAAUGUGUUAUGUAUGGGCUAUGAAGUGCUUAUGUAUGGGCUAUGAAGUGCUUAUGUAUGGGCUAUGAAGUGCUUAUGUGGUCCUCUGUAGCUCAUCUGGUAGAGCACGGCGCUUGUAACACCAGGGUAGUGGGUUCGAUCCCCGGGACCACCCAUACGUAAAAAUGUAUGCGCGCAUGACUGUAAGUCGCUUGGGAUAAAAGCUUCUGCUAAAUGGCUUAUUAUUAUUAUGUAUGGGCUAUGAAGUGCUUAUGUAUGGGCUAUGAAGUGCUUAUGUAUGGGCUAUGAAGUGCUUAUGUAUCCUAUGUAUGCCUUCAGACUCCGAGGACGUGAAGCAGUUGGCCAUGAAUUUGAAAGAGGAGGACCUAGUGAGUGAGAGGGCUCAGGCCUUUUCCACGGCUAGGAACCUCCUCAACUCAGCCGCCGACGCCGUCGAGAGAAUCAUGAGCUCUUACAAGGAGGUGAGGCUAUAGAAACGACCCCUAACCCCUACUCCCUAACCCCUACUCCCUAACCCCUACUCCCUAACCCCUACUCCCUAACCCCUACUCCCUAGACCCUAACCCCUAUCCCCUACUCCCUAUCCCCUACUCCCUAACCCCUAGACACUAACCCCUAGACCGUAACCCCUAACCCCUAACCCCUACUCCCUACUCCCUAGACCCUAACCCCUACUCCCUAACCCCUAGACCCUAACCCCUCACUGUCAAGAGGUUAAUGAUUCCCUACAAGGAGGUGAGGCUAUCAUCUUUUCAUUUAUUUAUCGCGUCCCAAAUGUGACCCCAUUCCUUUUCUAGUGCACUACUUUAGACCAGAGCCCUAUGGGUUAUAGUGCACUACUUUAGACCAGAGCCCUAUGGGUUAUAGUGCACUACUUUAGACCAGAGCCCUAUGGGUUAUAGUGCACUACUUUAGACCAGAGCCCUAUGGGUUAUAGUGCACUACUUUAGACCGGAGCCCUAUGGGUUAUAGUGCACUACUUUAGACCAGAGCCCCAUGGGGAUAUAUAGUGCACUACUUUAGACCAGAGCCCCAUGGGGAUAUAUAGUGCACUACUUUAGACCGGAGCCCUAUGGGUUAUAGUGCACUACUAUAGACCGGAGCCCUAUGGGUUAUAGUGCACUACUUUAGACCAGAGCCCUAUGGGUUAUAGUGCACUACUUUAGACCAGAGACCUCUGGGGAUAUAGUGCACUACUUUAGACCAGAGCCCUAUGGGUUAUAGUGCACUACUUUAGACCAGAGCCCUAUGGGUUAUAGUGCACUACUUUAGACCAGAGCCCUAGGGGUUAUAGUGCACUACUUUAGACCAGAGCCCUAGGGGGAUAUAGUGCACUACUUUAGACCAGAGCCCUAGGGGGAUAUAGUGCACUACUUUAGACCAGAGCCCUAGGGGGAUAUAGUGCACUACUUUAGACCAGAGCCCUAUGGGUUAUAGUGCACUACUUUAGACCAGAGCCCUAGGGGUUAUAGUGCACUACUUUAGACCAGAGCCCUAGGGGUUAUAGUGCACUACUUUAGACCAGAGCCCUAGGGGGAUAUAGUGCACUACUUUAGACCAGAGCCCUAGGGGGAUAUAGUGCACUACUUUAGACCAGAGCCCUAUGGGUUAUAGUGCACUACUUUAGACCAGAGCCCUAUGGGUUAUAGUGCACUACUUUAGACCAGAGCCCUAUGGGGAUAUAGUGCACUACUUUAGACCAGAGCCCUAUGGGUUAUAGUGCACUACUUUAGACCAGAGCCCUGUGGGUUAUAGUGCACUACUUUAGACCAGAGCCCUAUGGGUUAUAGUGCACUACUUUAGACCAGAGCCCUAUGGGGAUAUAGUGCACUACUUUAGACCAGAGCCCUAUGGGUUAUAGUGCACUACUUUAGACCAGAGCCCUGUGGGUUAUAGUGCACUACUUUAGACCAGAGCCCUAUGGGUUAUAGUGCACUACUUUAGACCAGAGCCCUGUGGGUUAUAGUGCACUACUUUAGACCAGAGCCCUGUGGGUUAUAGUGCACUACUUUAGACCAGAGCCCUAUGGGUUAUAGUGCACUGCUUUAGACCAGAGCCCUAUGGGUUAUAGUGCACUGCUUUAGACCAGAGCCCUAUGGGUUAUAGUGCACUACUUUAGACCAGAGCCCUCUGGGUUAUAGUGCACUACUUUAGACCAGAGCCCUAUGGGUUAUAGUGCACUACUUUAGACCAGAGCCCUGUGGGUUAUAGUGCACUACUUUAGACCAGAGCCCUGUGGGUUAUAGUGCACUACUUUAGACCAGAGCCCUGUGGGUUAUAGUGCACUACUUUAGACCAGAGCCCUAUGGGUUAUAGUGCACUACUUUAGACCAGAGCCCUAUGGGUUAUAGUGCACUACUUUAGACCAGAGCCCUGUGGGUUAUAGUGCACUACUUUAGACCAGAGCCCUAUGGGUUAUAGUGCACUACUUUAGACCAGAGCCCUAUGGGGAUAUAGUGCACUACUUUAGACCAGAGCCCUAUGGGGAUAUAGUGCACUACUUUAGACCAGAGCCCUAUGGGGAUAUAGUGCACUACUUUAGACCAGAGCCCUAUGGGUUAUAGUGCACUACUUUAGACCAGAGCCCUAUGGGUUAUAGUGCACUACUUUAGACCAGAGCCCUAUGGGUUAUAGUGCACUACUUUAGACCAGAGCCCUAUGGGUUAUAGUACACUACUUUAGACCAGAGCCCUAUGGGUUAUAGUGCACUACUUUAGACCAGAGCCCUAUGGGUUAUAGUGCACUACUUUAGACCAGAGCCCUAUGGGUUAUAGUGCACUACUUUAGACCAGAGCCCUAUGGGUUAUAGUGCACUACUUUAGACCAGAGCCCUAUGGGUUAUAGUGCACUACUUUAGACCAGAGCCCUAGGGGUUAUAGUGCACUACUUUAGACCAGAGCCCUGUGGGUUAUAGUGCACUACUUUAGACCAGAGCCCUAUGGGUUAUAGUGCACUACUUUAGACCAGAGCCCUGUGGGUUAUAGUGCACUACUUUAGACCAGAGCCCUAUGGGGAUAUAGUGCACUACUUUAGACCAGAGCCCUAUGGGUUAUAGUGCACUACUUUAGACCAGAGCCCUAUGGGUUUAUUUAUUUAACACUCAUUUUAGCAGGUAAGUCGACUGAGAACACAUUCUCAUUUACAGCAACGACCUGGGGAAUAGUUACAGUGGUCAGAAGCGUGUCAUUUGGGAGUCUUGCUCUAUCAUGAUCUAAUUGUAUAAUAAACGUUUUUAAUAAACUUUUCCACCGGCCCUGAUUUACUGUAUAACCUUUGACCCGGUCCAGGUGACUGAGCUGGCGGGGUACACGGCCCGUGUGCACGAGAUGUUCUCCGUGUUCGAGGACGUGCGUGAGGGGGUGUUCCGUCGCUCUGCGGAGGGAGGAGAGGGGGAGACUGGGGGAGGAACACAGGUGGUGCAGCACGGCACGAGGGUGGAGGGACCAAUCAUGAUACGAGGUAAACUGUCUGACAAGGAAUUCAACCAAUCACUAGGCUAUUUUUUUUAGACCAGUGGUAUUCAGUCGGCGUCUAACUGCAGUUCUAUUUUUCUUUUUGUACUUGAUUUCUUUAUGUUUUUAUAAAAUUCAGAUUACAGAUUAUUUUAUGGGACAAUAUACAAACGUUUUUGAGAAGGAUAAUUUGAAAAAUACAAUUUUAUUGAGUAAAUAUAUUUAUUGGUUUCUUUUCAUUUUUCUAACAUGCUAGCUAGGUUUCCAUCCAAUUGGCGACCAGAUUUUCAUGCGAAAAUAUUCUCAAAUCUGCAUGAAAAUAUGUGCAUUUUCCCACCAGUGGUGUUUCUACCAAAAGGACUUGUUGCAGAUAAAAAUAAAAAUAAAAUCUGAGUGAUGACGUAGUGCUUAAGUGUUCAUGUACUGAAUAAAAAUGUAAAGUUCAAUGUGUUUCCAUCGCAUUUUAAACUCUACCGAUUUUUUUGUUUUGUCACAAACCGUUAAAUAGCAUAUGUGCCUUCUCUGGUCUUGGCACGUGCUCUCUAGCCAACAGCUGGCAGAUACAGGGCGGGUAGGCUAGUCUACACGAUGAGAUUAUUAUGGAUAAGAGAGAGAAUAUUUGUAUUUGUGAAACGGCAGUCGAGCAUCGAUCAUCAUGUCACCAGAAUAAGAACCUCAAUAUUUAUUGGGAAAAGGAGCAUCAAGAUCACCGUGCACUUUCACCACCCUGUGAAGUUCAUCGUAACUUAUUUCAUCUGUAGCCUAAUAAACUGCAUGGUUUCCCGAGUCGUACUGGAAGGACAGGACACCAUAUCGUCGCGUGACUCACAAGUUUACUUCGAUAUGAUGGUUAUUAUACUGAACAAAAAUAUAAACGCAACAUGCAACAAUUUCAACGAUUUUGCUGAGUUACAUUUCAAAUAAGGAAGUCAGUCAAUUGAAAUGAAUUCAUUAGGCCCUAAUCUAUGGAUUUCACAUGACUGGGAAUACAGAUAUGCAUCUAGGGGUGUGGAUCAGAAAACCAGUCAGUAUCUGGUGUGACCACCAUUUGCCUCAUGCAGCGCAACACAUCUCCUUCGCUUAGAGUUGAUCAGGCUGUUGAUUGUGGCCUGUGGAAGGUUGUCCCACUCCUCUUCAAUGGCUGUGAGAAGUUGCUGGAUAUUGGUGGGAACUGGAACACGCUGUCGUACACGUUGAUCCAGAGCAUCCCAAACAUGCUCAAUGGGUGACUUUACAUUUACAUCAUUUAGCAGACGCUCUUAUCCAGAGCGACUUACAAAUAGGUGCAUUCACCUUAUAGCCAGUGGGAUAACCACUUUACAAUGUUAUAUUUUUUUUAUAUAUAUAUAUAUAUAUAUAUAUAUAUAUAUAUAUUUUUGUCUGGUGAGUAUGCAGGCCUUGGAAGAACUGGGACAUUUCCAGCUUCCAGGAAUUGUGUACAGAUCCUUGCGACAUGGGGCCGUGCAUUAUCAUGCUGAAACAUGAUGUGAUGGCAGCGGAUGAAUGGCACGACAAUGGGCCUCAGGAUCUCGUCACGGUAUCUCUGUGCAUUCAAAUUGCUAUCGAUAAAAUGCAAUUGUGUUCAUUGUCCGUAGCUUAUGCCUGCCCAUACCAUAACCCCACCGCCACCAUGGGGCACUCUGUAUACAACAUUGACAUCAGCAAACCACUCAGCCACACAUACUGUCAAAUUCUGUAAAAUGACGUUGGAGGCGGCUUAUGGUAGAUAAAUUAAAUUCUCUGGUGGACAUUCCUGCAGUCAGCCUCAACUUGAGACAUCUGUGGCAUUGUGUUAUGUGACAAAACCGCAAAAUUUGAGUGACCUUUUAUUGUCCCCAGCACAAGGUGCACAUGUGUAAUGAUCAUGCUGUUUAAUCAGCUUCUUGAUAUGCCAUACCUGUCAGGUGGAUGGAUUAUCUUGGCAAAAGAGAAAUGUUCACUAACAGGGAUGUAAACACAUUUGUGCACAACAUUUGAGAGAAAUAAGCUUUUUGUGUGCAUGGAACAUUUCUGGGAUCUUUUUUUAUUUCAGCUCAUGAAACAUGGGACCAACACUGAUGCAUUUUAUAUUUUUUGUUCAGUGUACAUGGGAGGGAGGAUGUAUGUGAUCUCUUCUAUUGACCCCAACAUGUUGCGUUUUUAUAUUUUUGUUCAGUGUAUAUCAAUACUUUCCACCACCAUUAGUCGCAUAAUUAACUUUAUCGACCAACACAUAAAGAUCCCACUAUGUUGAACGAACAAAUUAUCGGUCGGCAUUUAUAAAAUUGUACCGAAACUUCCGGUUUCCAUCACAGCUGUCGUCAUUGUAUUAACUGACUUUACUCAUGUGGAUGGAAACGUGGUAUUCAAACUUUUUCAGCGGGAACUCCAUUUUUUUUUCCGGCAUAAAAAAAUAUGACGACCUUAAAAAUCGGUACAUUUAGAUUUUUACAUCCACAAAUGACCUUCAAUUCAUUUACAUUUACAUUGAUCAAAAUGAAAAGAAACCAAUAAAUAAAUGUUCUCAAUAAAAUUGUAUUUUUUAAAUGAUCUUUCUCAAACGUUUGUAUAUUGUCCCGUAUUAUUAAUCUGUACUCUUAAUUUUUUUCCAAGUGGGAACUCAACCAGUCACUAGGCUAUUCUCUUAGACCUCUCAGCCAAUCAACACUCUCCUAUUAGGGUGUACCCACAAAUGUUAAUACAUACCAUCGUUGUUAAUACACACCAUCGUUGUUAAUACACACCAUCGUUGUUAAUACACACCAUCGUUGUUAAUACACACCAUCGUUGUUAAUACACACCAUCGUUGUUAAUACACACCAUCGUUGUUAAUACACACCAUCGUUGUUAAUACACACCAUCGUUGUUAAUACACCAUCGUUGUUAAUACACACCAUCGUUGUUAUUACACACCAUCGUUGUUAAUACACACCAUCGUUGUUAAUACACACCAUCGUUGUUAAUACACACCAUCGUUGUUAUUACACAAACAUUUUUACUGGCACUGAAACCCACUGAACCUAUGUUGGUGUGUGCUGUGUUUACCAGACUCGUCCCUUUUGGGUGUGUCCUCAAAUGUUAUUACACCGGCUUAUUACAGUGUUAUUACACCGGCUUAUUACAGUGUUAUUACACCGGCUUAUUACAGUGUUAUCGCACCGGCUUAUUACAGUGUUAUCGCACCGGCUUAUUACAGUGUUAUUGCACCGGCUUAUUACAGUGUUAUUACACCGGCUUAUUACGGUGUUAUUACACCGGCUUAUUACAGUGUUAUUACACCGGCUUAUUACAGUGUUAUCGCACCGGCUUAUUACGGUGUUAUUACACCGGCUUAUUACGGUGUUAUCGCACCGGCUUAUAACGGUGUUAUCGCACCGGCUUAUAACAGUGUUAUCGCACCGGCUUAUAACAGUGUUAUCGCACCGGCUUAUUACAGUGUUAUCGCACCGGCGUAUUACAGUGUUAUCGCACCGGCUUAUUACAGUGUUAUCGCACCGGCUUAUUACAGUGUUAUCGCACCGGCUUAUUACAGUGUUAUCGCACCGGCUUAUUACAGUGUUAUCGCACCGGCUUAUUACAGUGUUAUCGCACCGGCUUAUUACAGUGUUAUCGCACCGGCUUAUUACAGUGUUAUCGCACCGGCUUAUUACAGUGUUAUCGCACCGGCUUAUUACGGUGUUAUCACACCGGCUUAUUACGGUGUUAUCGCACCGGCUUAUUACGGUGUUAUCGCACCGGCUUAUUACGGUGUUAUCGCACCGGCUUAUUACGGUGUUAUCGCACCGGCUUAUUACGGUGUUAUCGCACCGGCUUAUUACGGUGUUAUCACACCGGCUUAUUACAGUGUUAUCACACCAGCUUAUUACAGUGUUAUCGCACCGGCUUAUUACAGUGUUAUCGCACCGGCUUAUUACAGUGUUAUCGCACCGGCUUAUUACGGUGUUAUCGCACCGGCUUAUUACGGUGUUAUCACACCGGCUUAUUACAGUGUUAUCACACCGGCUUAUUACAGUGUUAUCGCACCGGCUUAUUAGUGUUAUCGCACCGGCUUAUUAGUGUUAUCGCACCGGCUUAUUACAGUGUUAUCGCACCGGCUUAUUACAGUGUUAUCGCACCGGCUUAUUACAGUGUUAUCGCACCGGCUUAUUACAGUGUUAUCGCACCGGCUUAUUACAGUGUUAUCGCACCGGCUUAUUACAGUGUUAUCGCACCGGCUUAUUACGGUGUUAUCGCACCGGCUUAUUACGGUGUUAUCGCAACGGCUUAUUACGGUGUUAUCGCACCGGCUUAUUACGGUGUUAUCGCACCGGCUUAUUACGGUGUUAUCGCACCGGCUUAUUAGUGUUAUCACACCGGCUUAUUACAGUGUUAUCACACCGGCUUAUUACGGUGUUAUCGCACCGGCUUAUUACGGUGUUAUCGCACCGGCUUAUUACGGUGUUAUCGCACCGGCUUAUUACGGUGUUAUCGCACCGGCUUAUUACGGUGUUAUCGCACCGGCUUAUUACGGUGUUAUCGCACCGGCUUAUUACGGUGUUAUCGCACCGGCUUAUUACGGUGUUAUCGCAACGGCUUAUUACGGUGUUAUCGCACCGGCUUAUUACGGUGUUAUCGCAACGGCUUAUUACGGUGUUAUCGCACCGGCUUAUUAGUGUUAUCGCACCGGCUUAUUACGGUGUUAUCGCACCGGCUUAUUAGUGUUAUCACACCGGCUUAUUACAGUGUUAUCACACCGGCUUAUUACAGUGUUAUCGCACCGGCUUAUUAGUGUUAUUGCACCGGCUUAUUACAGUGUUAUCGCACCGGCUUAUUACAGUGUUAUUACACCGGCUUAUUACGGUGUUAUCGCACCGGCUUAUUACGGUGUUAUCGCACCGGCUUAUUAGUGUUAUCGCACCGGCUUAUUACGGUGUUAUCGCACCGGCUUAUUAGUGUUAUCGCACCGGCUUAUUACAGUGUUAUCACACCGGCUUAUUACAGUGUUAUCACACCGGCUUAUUACAGUGUUAUCACACCGGCUUAUUACAGUGUUAUCACACCGGCUUAUUACAGUGUUAUCACACCGGCUUAUUACGGUGUUAUCACACCGGCUUAUUACGGUGUUAUUACACCGGCUUAUUAGUGUUAUCGCACCGGCUUAUUACGGUGUUAUCGCACCGGCUUAUUAGUGUUGUCGCACCGGCUUAUUACAGUGUUAUCGCACCGGCUUAUUACAGUGUUAUUGCACCGGCUUAUUAGUGUUAUCGCACCGGCUUAUUAGUGUUAUCGCACCGGCUUAUUACAGUGUUAUCGCACCGGCUUAUUACAGUGUUAUUGCACCGGCUUAUUACAGUGUUAUUACACCGGCUUAUUACAGUGUUAUCACACCGGCUUAUUACAGUGUUAUCACACCGGCUUAUUACAGUGUUAUCGCACCGGCUUAUUACAGUGUUAUCGCACCGGCUUAUUAGUGUUGUCGCACCGGCUUAUUACAGUGUUAUCGCACCGGCUUAUUACAGUGUUAUCGCACCGGCUUAUUACAGUGUUAUCGCACCGGCUUAUUACAGUGUUAUCGCACCGGCUUAUUACAGUGUUAUCGCACCGGCUUAUUACAGUGUUAUCGCACCGGCUUAUUACAGUGUUAUUACACCGGCUUAUGACAGUGUUAUGUCUAGUAAUGGGUAUACUGGUGCUGUAUAAUGUUGGCGUGCGUAUUCUGGGUCCUGAACUGUCCCGUUGUGUGUGCGCAGGUCAGGUGAUAGACGUGGAGAAGGGCAUCAGCUGUGAGAACCUUCCCAUCAUCACACCGACAGGAGACGUUGUGGUGUCCAGCCUCAACAUCAAGGUAACAGAGACGUUGUGGUGUCCAGCCUCAACAUCAAGGUAACAGGAGACGUUGUGGUGUCCAGCCUCAACAUCAAGGUAACAGGAGACGUUGUGGUGUCCGGCCUCAACAUCAAGGUAACAGGAGACGUUGUGGUGUCCAGCCUCAACAUCAAGGUAACAGGAGACGUUGUGGUGUCCAGCCUCAACAUCAAGGUAACAGGAGACGUUGUGGUGUCCAGCCUCAACAUCAAGGUGACAGGAGACGUUGUGGUGUCCAGCCUCAACAUCAAGGUAACAGGAGACGUUGUGGUGUCCAGCCUCAACAUCAAGGUAACAGGAGACGUUGUGGUGUCCAGCCUCAACAUCAAGGUAACAGGAGACGUUGUGGUGUCCAGCCUCAACAUCAAGGUGACAGGAGACGUUGUGGUGUCCAGCCUCAACAUCAAGGUAACAGGAGACGUUGUGGUGUUCAGCCUCAACAUCAAGGUAACAGGAGACGUUGUGGUGUCCAGCCUCAACAUCAAGGUAACAGGAGACGUUGUGGUGUCCAGCCUCAACAUCAAGGUAACAGGAGACGUUGUGGUGUCCGGCCUCAACAUCAAGGUAACAGAGACGUUGUGGUGUCCAGCCUCAACAUCAAGGUAACAGGAGACGUUGUGGUGUCCGGCCUCAACAUCAAGGUAACAGAGACGUUGUGGUGUCCAGCCUCAACAUCAAGGUAACAGGAGACGUUGUGGUGUCCAGCCUCAACAUCAAGGUAACAGGAGACGUUGUGGUGUCCAGCCUCAACAUCAAGGUAACAGGAGACGUUGUGGUGUCCAGCCUCAACAUCAAGGUAACAGGAGACGUUGUGGUGUCCAGCUUCAACAUCAAGGUAACAGGAGACGUUGUGGUGUCCAGCCUCAACAUCAAGGUAACAGGAGACGUUGUGGUGUCCAGCUUCAACAUCAAGGUAACAGGAGACGUUGUGGUGUCCGGCCUCAACAUCAAGGUAACAGAGACGUUGUGGUGUCCAGCCUCAACAUCAAGGUAACAGGAGACGUUGUGGUGUCCAGCCUCAACAUCAAGGUAACAGGAGACGUUGUGGUGUCCAGCCUCAACAUCAAGGUGACAGGAGACGUUGUGGUGUCCAGCCUCAACAUCAAGGUAACAGGAGACGUUGUGGUGUCCAGCCUCAACAUCAAGGUAACAGGAGACGUUGUGGUGUCCGGCCUCAACAUCAAGGUAACAGGAGAUGUUGUGGUGUCCAGCCUCAACAUCAAGGUAACAGGAGACGUUGUGGUGUCCAGCCUCAACAUCAAGGUAAAACAGACACCUCAGGGAUAUCAUAUGAAGCAAGCUCCAUCAACAUAACUUUAGCAAGUUAGAUCUAUUCAAGAGUUUUCUAACGCUAACCAGCUAGCAGUUAGCUUCACAUUCCAGCUCAGGCUUCAUCUGUACUACGACGGUGGAUACUGUUCGUCCACGUGCAUGUCGCACGUGACACGGUCGAACACAGA